UGUGUAUGUGUAUGUGUAUAUGUGUGUGUGUGUGUGUGUGACUGUGAAGCUGACUGCGUACCCGAAAACCGUGUGGCGGAUGCCUUGCGUACAAAAACGCUCUUUUGGAUAUUGGAGUGGGUCUGUUUCAUUAAUUCAAGAGGAAACAGUGAAACCUGCAGGUGCAAGUGGAGGGGAGGAACCAGGCGGACGCACGUGAAGCUCUUACUUCUCCAAAAGCCAGGAAAUAGAGACGGAACAAGGCGCGCGUCAGGAGCAAGUGCAGCAAAUUGGACUUUUCCUCCAUCAGCAACCCUCCUCUCCUCUCCUCUCUCUCUCUCUCUCUUUUCUCUCGCCAUCCUCGCUCCUCCUCUCUAGGUCUCCCCAUUUACUCCAUCUCUCUCCCCAUUCUCUCAGCCUCCCUUCCCAGAAUAGCCUCACUCAGAGAUCUCGGUGUUUGGAUUACGGGGGUGACUCAGGAGAUGGAUUAAAAGAAAAGGGAGUCUCUGCACCGCAAAACUGGAGCAGCACGCGCGACCACGCCGGGGGGGAAGGGGGCGACGGGACUCGGUGAAUUCACGGAGCCCCCGGGACAGAGGUGAGUGCUCGCGGGCUGUCCGGUGUCUGUCCCUCCUUUCUCCCCCUCCUCGAGCAUGAAUCCAGCAGCUAACCCUCCGCUCCUCCAGCACAUGGUCUUCACGUUUCCAUAAUUGAUGAUCUCAUACGCAAUCUGAUGGGUUCUGGUUGUGGAGGAGUGACAGCUAACGUGUUGUCAUUGUGCGGAAUUACCCUUUAAUUGUGGUUCAUUUUCAUUUUACUGCUCCCUACAUGAGCAGCAAAUGAGCUCAAUGCAUGUUUGGAAAAUGCACCAUCCAUGUUAUUGUGAUCGUUUAACCAGGAUCGAGAUUGAGAUCUAUCUUACAAACCCUUCUGCCUUCUCACUUGAGCAUGGCCCCCUCAUGUGUCCCUGCCUCCUCAGGGCCCUGCAGUGGACAUGCCUGUGCACACAGCACUGCAACUUUCCCAGAUGAACUAGUCAAGUGAAUAUUGGAUAAUGGAUAGAGUGUCCUGGUGCGCUUUAUAUUCAGCUUGUUCUGUAAUUUUCAAGUUCAUGUUUGUGAGCAAAGGGUCAAUGAAAGAGCAGCGACUUUACAUCCUGGUUUUACGCCCUGUCAGUGGGGAGACACGGCACUGUACUGUAAAAUUUGAAAAUCAGUGCAGCUGCCAAAUUAAUCCAAUUUCAAUCCAGAGUAGGGCUGGACGAUAAAACAAUAACGAUAUAAAUCAAAAAUUAAUUUCCCUCAAUAUCAAUAUAAAACAUGGUCAGUAUGCUUUUCGAUAACCAGCAUCCUGCCAUGUUUUGGAAGACUAUACGAAUAGCCAAUGAAAAGGGGAGUUGCUCCGGGUCAGCUUCACGCUGAACAAAUCAUGUGCUGAAUUAGAACCAAGUAGCGAACAACUGUAUAGUAGCAGACUGCAGCUAAACGCAACCAUAGCACUUUAACACGUGAAGCCGACAGCAAAGAAAAUGAGUGUUACCACCAGCAGAAAUGCAGACGAUGGCUCAACAAAUGACGACAUCGUCGACAAAACUGGCACAAAAAAGUCAGUGAUGUGGAGGUAUUUAGUUUUUUUGAGGUCGGACAUGAAGCAGAGUAAUUUGCACUGCGAAUUAUGUCGAGUACAUGUUCUUGCAAAAUCGGAGAAUACCUCAAAUCUUUUUCACUGUCUGAAGCAGAGCCGCGCGGCAGAGCAUGCACAAUGCAAAAAGUUACAAACCCCGAGUGGAGCAAGGAGCCCAUGGCGCCUGUGCAGCCGAAACAGCCGACCAUAUAGUCCACUUUCUCUGGUGCAAUGCUUUACGACAAAACGUCGAAGACACACAAAGACCUCACAGAUGCAGUAACUUAUUGUAGUGCAAAAGACAUGCUAAAAAUAAGCACUGUUAAAUUUCAAUUAAAAGUAACAGGGGACGUUUAAGAUUUGGAAGUGAUUUUUUUAAUAUCGUGAUAUAUAUCGAUAUCGACUGAUAUGAAAAAAAUAUAUUGUGAUAAACUUUUUGCCGUAUCGCCCAGCCCUAAUCCAGAGCAUGAGUUUAGUCUGCACCCUGUCAAGGCGUGUAAAGACACAUCUCAAGCAAAGUAGAUAGUAGCAAGAGGAUCAGGUGUGUGUUAGUGGAGCAGAGGAACAGAAUGAGCAAGGACUGAAAAGCUGGAGCAUUAGCAUUAACAAGUGUAACAAGCAUUUAUGGGCUCUAACUCUUUUAAAACAUAAUAGGCCAAAUGGGAGACAACCUGGUAGCGAUGAGCUGAAAGCAGGCAUGUCGCCACCUGCUGUAGUAGAAGCUGAAAUGCUUCUGCCGCUAAUUCAAAUCUUGCCUGUUGCGUGUAAAUUGGGACAAGAACAUGAGACUGAUUAAACCGCCUAACUGAGAUAUGACCGCAGCUCGACUUAACUGUGCAUUUAAACGUACUGAGAGAGUCACCUAAAGACCCUUUAAUUGUUAGUUAUAAUGUUACAAUAUUACAAAUUUAUUAAGCAUGAAGGCUUUUGUCCAGAGUGACGUACAUCUGAGAGUGAAUACAACACAAACAACGACCAGGAAACAACAUAAGGGUCAGGUUGCCCAAGUCUUUCUUGCCAGUCAUUAAACAUGGUGACAUUUUAUGGUGGGCAGGGCUUCAAGUCACAUUCACCUGCAGUUACUAGUUGGUUUGAGCUUGUUUUUGACAAUGGUGGACAAAAACAUGGGUCAGGGACUACGAGUAUCUUUAAUUUUGAGGACAGGCAGUGGUGGCAGCUACAUUACUAUCACUUCUUCUUUUCUGGUACCCAACAACAUAAAUUCUAAGACUCCUGUGUCGCUAUCUACGUUGGGUUGGUGAUGCCAGUUUACCUCCAGUUUUGCCAAUUUAGCCUCUAGAUACGACCAUGGUGUGAUUCUGGCCUCAACCUUUAAAGGGUGUAAAAGUCAGAGUCAUUUUUUAACAUAAAGACCAAAUUUUAAGCUCAGGUCAUCCUGUUCUUGGGUUACAUCUGUAACUGCACUGUGAUAGAAUGGAUACAAGUUCGGAUUACUUUUUAAUACCUCACUGCAAGUGGAAAAACUGCAGAGAAAAGUUCCUGUUUCUAACUGAAUUUUCAUCAAAAUUAAGCCAAAGUUUCUAUAAAAGUAAAGUUUUAAUGCUUUUUGAUGUUGUGUUACCAAAUGUUUGGGGUCAAAAAUACAAAGGCAAAUGUUUUUGUCACUUCUUGUCACAAAAACAGACAGUAGAUGAGACUUACUAAGUGUGUUCAUAUUGUUAUUAUUAGUUCAUAUGCAGCCUUUGUGGUAAAAUGUUGAAUACACUGAUUGUUCGACCUACACAAAGCAAAGCCAGGUGGAGCCAAACAAAACAUUUUCCAAUAAUUGAGCGCCUUCUCGUUCAGGCUGCACAAAAUUCAAAUUAAUUGUAACGUCUUCAAAGUUGGACUACCUGGCCCUCAGGCACAGUUUGAUUUCUCUGCACUCUGUUUGACAUCAAGUGGAUGCUCAGGGCAAAUGAAAGAUUUUCCUUUUUCAUUGAAAGACAUAAAAAGCAGAACAAAGGUAUGUGAUCAAGAGGUUUUCCACUUUUCUGUAUCUCAGUUCAACCUCUCUUCUCCAUCCCUCUAUUUCAGACUACAGCUGCUAAUUAAGUCAGUGUUGAUCCAUUUAAUUAAAGGAUUUUAAAUCCAAGUUAACUGCAGGAAAAACUAAGAUGAAUGUUUGCUUCAGUCUAUGAGACAUUUUCUUGUUUUGUCUGACCAACAGUCCAUUACCCAGGACCGGAUUAGACUAUGUAGACCAGAUUAGACGAUUAAUCAAUUAACUAAUUGGCUUUCAACCACGAAACCAACUGGAAAGCACUACAAGAACAUCUUAAUUUGAGUAAUUUUCUUCUCUGAGGGGAUAGCAUUUUUCACAGAUUGUACACAGUAUUUCAAUUCAAACUUUAAUAUAUGCUUGAGGGAAGAGAGAAGUUUCCUACAAUAUCAAUGCUGUAACCAUUAAAACGACCCAAAACACACUGGUAAUCAAUCACAAAAAAUAAUGGAGAUCAAUUCAAACAGUUUCAAUUUGAAACUCAGUGAUGAGAGAAAAUAGUCUUGGAAGAACUUUAAUCAUCAGGUUGUUUGGAGGAUAUUGAAAGAAUUCGGGGCUUUGCUAGAUAAUGUAGAUGUCCAAGGUUCAGUGCAGGCCCAAGAGACUUUGAAUACCGACCUAUCAGUGGAACGCCACAGCUAGAUUCCUAAACUCAUCCUAACAAGCUUUCAGCGUGAGGAGGGAAAUGCGAAAAUACCAAUGUGUAGUAUAUAGAAUUAAAAGAGGAGCCGCUCUGUGCAGAAAUAUUUGAAUGAUUUGAAGCUCUCAUGUCUGACCACGACCACAGAAAUAUCUGAACACUCACAGCAGUGAAUAAGUGAGUGCAAAUGUGAUAGUAUUUCAGAACUGCUGGUGUGAAGAUUAUUCAAAAGAUUGACGGUUAAUUCAUGCAACUCUUUUCUUGUCUUUUAUACGCUGGUCUCCAUCUUUGAUUUUAUUGUGUGUUUUUCAACGGCUGUACUGUUUAAACUCAGUCCUGUUCAAGUUCUGCAUUUUUCAGAUUUUAAAGAAGUAUAUAGAAGAUGAAUAAAAACAGUACAAGAAGCGGUAUGAAUUAUAAAGUUACUUUUGAAUGACAAAAAGUAAAUAUAGUGGUAGAGUAGGUCGUCUCUAUAUUGAAGAGUUAGGGGUUUGGAUCUCAGGGCGGUCCACAUGCCAAAGUGUCCUUGGCCAAGAUACUUGACCCUGCCCCCCUCGCUGGCUGCGCCCAGUGUUGUGUGAACGGGAUUAGUCAAAAACUGAUGGGCUUUGUACAUAUCAGCCUCUGCCAUCUGUAUGUGAAUUAGUGCUGGACGAUAAUUCGAUAACAAUAUAUAUCGAUCGAUAGACGUGUGGUGCGAUAGAAAAAAAACGGGUCGAUAAAAAGUUCGAUAGAAAACAGUUUCCCUUUCUUUUUCAUCAUAGCCUAUCAUGUAGCUUUUACUACAGUCAUUACUUCCUCCCAACCAAUCACAAACGCAGACCCAGGUACGCUACGGCACCAAGCCCAGCCCCUAUCAAACCACAACAGACAGCACGUGUAUUAGAAAAAAUGAUACAGCAAGGAGAAGCGGAGGACAUUGUCCCGAAAAAAAGGUUUCAGUAGUUCACCAGCAUGGCAAUGUUUUGGUUUUUAGAAGUCUGACAAAAAGCGAACAGCGGUCGUUUGCAAAAUUUGCAGAGAAUUAGUAAAAACCAAGUCUGGUAACACAACCAACUUGUUUUACCAUCUAAACCGGUCGCACCCGCAGGAGUACGAGCUGUGUCGGCCGCGCCGCGGCUCCACGUCGUCGUCGGAGGAAUCCUCUGGAACCGCUGCCAGCACCAGCACAAAGCAAGUGAAGCAGACCAAACUGGACUUCGUUUCUUGCCAAAAUACGACAAAGCGUCCGAGCGGCAUAAGGACAUCACCCAUGCAGUAACAUGCUCCAUAGCGAGGGACAUACUGCCAAUAACUACCGUUGAAAAGCCUGGCUUCGACCAGCUUCUAGCCACUCUCGACCCGCGAUAUGAAGUGCCCGGCCGCAAGUAUUUCUCAAACACAGCGCUUCAGGCAUGAAAAUGGGUCAGGGGUUUAAAAGGUGAGAAGGGUGCGGAGGAAAUACGUUCAAAUGAGCUCAUAUUUUACAAAGACGCGAGUAUUUGGAUCAUGGCUACUAGCAGGGGGUGCAUUCGGCAGGGGUGCAUUCUACGACACAACACCGGCGUGGAUAAGUCCUGCUUCUCGUGCUUAGUUUGUGUAUUAAGUCAAUCACAUGAUAAUAAAAAAAAAAAUAAAUCUCCCGACCCCGGGAGAAAUAUUUCAGUGUUCAGACACCAGGCUGUGGGCAGUUUCCCACACAGUUAAAACUGGUAGUAUGCUAUUCCCACCUAAAGCUAUUCUGUUUAUUUAUAUAUUUGUUUGUUUUGUUUAUUUUCAUCAAAAGACUAUUUAAAUAUUUAUUUAUAAGAUUUUCUGGUCACUUUAGUCUUUAUGUUUGUCAGUAUUUACUGACGUCACUCAGGCCACUUAAGUUGAUUUCUUUUUUUUUUAGUUCUUUUUUAAAAAACUUUCAGUUGUGGUAAAAUAAAAAAGGUGGUUGAAUAAAGGUUUGAAUUUGAAUUCAGUGCUUGUGUGUUCUUUAUUAAAAGUAGGUCAUUAAGCAAUAGCAUAAAACAUCCAGGGCUGCAAUUAAAAUAUAUGUUAAAUAAUUAUAAUAAUUAUAUCGAUAAUUAUCGAUAUCGAUCAAUAUGAUUUAUUUUUUAUCGAUAUGCUUUCUUUCUAUAUCGUCCAGGCCUAAUGUGAAUGAUUGAAUGUGACGUGAUGUAAAAAUGCUUUGUGUGGUCAGAAGACGAGAGAAAGCACCUUAUCCAACAAGGCAUGAGAGUUCACUAAAUCUAAUCAUCUAAGGCGUCUUUGAGCAGCUGUAAAAGUGCGUUAUAGAUAACAUUUAUUAUUAUUAUCAUUAUUAUUCAUAUGAUAUGACCAGUCACAGUCACUAGACUGAGCUAAACACUCACAGGAGAUUUGGAAUUAGCAAUUUGGUAAAAAAAACUUUUUCCAGAUUUGUCAGUUUAAAGCUCCUGUGAGAAGUUUUUAACUUUUUCAAAAUAGACUGAAGUUCACAUCGAUGCCUUUUCAUGACAUUCAGAUGCAAAUAAAAUAAUCAGAAACAAUAUUAUUGAUUUUCAUGUUGCCAUUUUUAAUGACUAAAUCUAGGUGCCAAAUGUGAAACAAACCAAAAGUUCCUUACAGGAGCUUUAACAGACACCUUAAAAAAAUAGCUCAAGGUUUCCUUAUUUUUGCUUUUGUGUAAUUUCUUAAGUUUCUUUUUUUUACUACACCAUAUCAACAUAAUGUAAUCAGCACAGUCACUGACAUGUCUGAUAAACCAGAAACUACACUUUUCUGCACAGUACUAGUACACGACUCCCUUUGCUCCUCCUCCUCCUCUUCCUGUUGUUGGUCAGUGAAUCUUGCAUCUUCAGAUGGACCGCUGCUGUCCACCUCAGGCUGUACCUCCUUUACACGUAAACACAAACACAAAUAUAAAUACACACACGCACCAAAGCAAAAUGUGCUCCUGCUGCCAAAACUACACACACAUAAAAACACUGCCGACAUGUUGACAAGCACAAACACACAGCAGCUCAGACUCUGCAUGCAAACAGUUCGCACUCACACACACACAUGCAUGUCGUGCCCCAGAGGACAAAUGCUGGUGUGAUAGAUAAACGAGGGCCUUUUCUUCACUAAAGAGGCUCACUGUGUGUGCGUGUGUAUGUAUGUUUGUGUGUGUGUGUGUGUGUGUCGGGGGGGUGAGCUUUAAAUGCUGACUGGAGUAGGUCACAGAGACCAAGCCGUUGGAUGUAUGACACCCAGGACCCUGCGUCUUCCUAAGCUGCUUUCAGCCACACUGGAAUCUAUCCAUCCCAGUAUCCCUGUUUCUGAUCCUCACCCCCUCCCCUGCAACCUCCCCCUCCCUCACCCAUCAGACGUCCACAUUUACCAGACACAUAAACUCCCAGCUACACUCUCCCGCUUUCCUUUUUUUGGACUGUUCGUCUUCCUCGUGUCUUUGAUCUUCGCUUAUCUUGUCCCCCGUUCUUUCCUAUUCUCCUCUCGUCUCCUUGUCGCUCUUCUCCUCUUCCUUCCUCUUGUCUCCUUCCCUACUCUCUUCAUUUCUAGCGGUCAUGGAAAUUAGACCGUAGAAGUCUUUGAUUCUGCAUGUCUUACGCCGCCUCAGGGUCAGGCCCUCUUAUCUCGGAGUGAAAGAGAGAGGCAGACGCAGAGAAAGGAGGAAGGAGAUGGAAAAGAAGAGGUGUUAACACAGAAAGAGAGAGAUUUAAAAGGUGGGGAUUGAAGGGACAGAUUUUUCAACUCAAAACAAAGAGGGGGUAAAUGUCAGAGAGAGAGGGGCAGGAAGAGAGAAAACAGGAAAGCUAAGUUAGCAAAAGAUGGUAAAAUCACCAAGAGAACAGCGAUCAGGACUGAUCCAGCUUUUUUGACUCAGGUGUCUUCAAGACUUAUACGCAUACCCAAAGAAUAAGAUCUUGGAAUAAGAUACAAAUGCAUCUAAUAGCAGCCUGUUGCAGCACAGCCCAAGUAGAUGACUUUAGUUGGAGUCCCAUCUCUAAUAAGGUAAAUAGCCAGGGGCGUAUCCAGAACGGUGAUCUGAGGUGGCCCACCCUUCAAAUGUGACUGGCCACCCCAAUAUCUUAAACAAUGAUUGCCUUUUUGCUUUGUCAGAGGUGUGUCUGUUAAAAUCAACAAGUGUAAGAGGCAUUAGAAUUGAAAUUAAGCACAUUUCCUUUGAUUGGUACGAACUUUGUAUGAUUAUUUUAUCAGAAAGAUGAACAUGCGAGGAAUCCUUAAAGAAAAUCAACGUAAACUCUCAUCAUAAACUGUUGAUUACGUGUACAAUACCUAUCUCUUCUUCUACUCACUGCCAGUGGUAGUUUCUGUAUUUUGUAUUAUUAAUAUUCCAAUUUUGCACCAGCUACAUUGUUAUAUGUCGGUGGAUAUCGUUCCCUUAAGUGCUUUUAACCAGGCAGUUCCUAUAAAUAUGGAAGUAAAAGCUCCACAGAGUCUCAAAUGAGCAUCACCCCUCCUGUGAUACGGCUGCUGGAUGGAUGUAAUGAAAAAUCUUUAUUUUCUUUUUCUAAUCGCACUUUCACCGCCAUGAAAUCCACUGGAACUGUCGUAUUUUCUCCCAACAAUCUACAAAAUCUACUAACAUCGCUCCACAUCCUGACUCAUCUUUCUUUUUCCCUCUUCUUCCUUGUGUGUCUUGUGUUCUCUUGCUCAGAUUGUGGGGUGCCAUUAUGCAAUCUGACUAAUGAUGGAAAUAUCUGUAGGAAGUGGCUGCUGAUGGCAUAAUGGUGCAAGCGUGCCCCACAUACAGACGCUGUUGUCCUUGUCGAUGGAGUUACUGGUUCCAUUCCUAUCUACAACCCUUUGCUGCAUGUUUCCCCCCUUCUCUCCACUCCGAACUUCACCUGUUACUCUUCAGCUGUCCUAUCUAAUAAACUGCCUGAAAACACAUUUGUCCAUGUAGAUUCUCAUUCAUCCAGCUGAGAGCUAAGACCUGCAUUGUGAGUUGUUAUUUUAGAGCUAAAGAAGCUUCUUGGCGAAACGUCUUCUCAAACUCUACACAGCCCAGUUGCCUGAUUUUGGAGUCUUCAAAAAGAAAUCCAGUUUGUGUGAUAAAUACAUAUUUAGAGUAAAGGGUAAAUAAAUGUCAUUCAUUGGUGUGUGUGCGUGCCACCACUGCAGCAGUCAGCCUCAGUCAAAGAAGUCUGGACACGCCCCUUCAAUAAGCCAAUUACAGACAAGUCUAGACCCUCUGACAUCGUAAUGUAAUCAGUGUUAAAGUCAACAUCGAAAGAAGUGAGUGAACCUCGUGUUGUUGUCUGGAAACUGGACAAAACACAAAGUCAAAAACGAGAGGCCACUAGAAAGUGAAGAUGGGAGCUGACUGAGAGAGUGAUAAGUAAAAUGGGACAGAGAGGUGGAGCGAGGUGGAGGAGGUAAAGAGCAUGAGAUGGAAUGAUAGAGAAGGAGGGGAAUAGAUGGAGGACAGAGAUGCUGAGAUAGAGAGACAGACAGAGAAUAAGAAGAAACAGGGAGCUGGAGGGAGAGAUGAUGUGAAUAUUUAACUCUGUUUAGUUUUCCAUUUGAGCCCUUGGCUCUUCCUUCUCUCUGAGGCCUCUGAUCGCCUUCAGGUUACUGAUAGCAGGAGACUUCUGUGAGUAAGACACAUGUAGUGUGGGUUCCUAGUUGGAAGUUAAAAGGUUCCCUCUGAGCUGGAAUCAUAUUUUUCACUUCAUAGAUUUCUACAUACUUUUCAACUGAAGACAUCUUAAUAACCAGAACCACGCUGAAAAAAAACACUCAGUGUGGUUAAUAACUGCAUGAGCAGAGUUACGGGCUUAAUUAUUGAAUGUGUACGGCUGAGCAAAAACAAUUAAUGCACCUCAUUACCAAACAAAACCCUGACAAAUAUGCACUGAAUACGUUUUAAUUUCUGCUGACUAACGUAAGGUUUGAACUGUGUUUGAAUUAACCAUCCUCUGAGAACUUUCAGGACGAUGUUUCAUUCAUCAGAUCAGUCCAGAAACUUAAAGAUCUUUUGGAUGCUUUCAGAAAUAUCGAUGGUAAAAAUCCAUACAAAUGUUCUUAAACUCAUCUGGUUUCUCAACAGGCUGUGAUUGGUCCCACCCCAAGAUGACCUCCCCCAAAAACAAAGCCAAGAAGAAGCCGCCCAAAGACAGCAUGACGCUGCUGCCGUGCUUUUAUUUUGUAGAGGUGAGUGUAGAUGGACAUAUUGGUGAAUCACUGUCUUUAUUCAGCCGUUUUCUCGGCUCAGAUGAUUCAGGACGUUUACUGAGUCAAUCAGACGCUGAUUCACUCUCUGCUGUAUGGAGUCGGAUGAACGGUGAGGUCCUCUGGUGAUUACAUCUGUGGAUUCCUGACCCCCACUGACAGAACAGUUUGGUGUUUUCCACGAGGAAAUAUCACCGUGUCAUCACUUCUUCUCCUUUGUGUGUGUGUGUGUUUGUGUGAAGGUGUGUUUUCGUUUAGAGAUGCGAUAACCAGCGAAUGAAUCACUUCUUUCAGAGCAAAUAUUAAAUGCGAGUCACUCUUUGUCCUUGUCUUUGUGUGCGUGUUUGUGUGUGUGUAUGGUGUUUAUGUGUGCGUACCUGUGUAGCUCCCCAUCGUCCUGUCCUCCUUGGUGUCCCUUUACUUCCUGGAACUGACAGAUGUGUUGUCCCCGGCGAUGGUGGGCUUCCGUUGCUAUGACCGCGACCUCUCCAUGCCCUACGUCGAGACGGGCGAUGAGCUCAUCCCGCUGUUGAUGCUGCUGAGUUUGGCCUUCGCCGGUCCUGCAGCAUCUGUAAGUCAAUCACUACCCCUAACACACACACACACACACACACACACACAGACUCCAUACAGGAUUGAUGGUGGGGAUUGAAGGACAUUUGCAGAAACAAUAAGGGAAGGUAAUAGGAAGCUGUCUUUGUUAUGAUGGAGUAUAAUGGCCGCAUGGAUGAGGUUUAAAAAGUUCAGAUUUUAUGAAUGAAGUUGUAAAUAUUGUGUGAAUGAAGCUAUAAAAAUAAAGUUAUAUUAAUAUGAAAUUAAAGUCUCUUUGUCUCGGUGUAUAGAGAGAAAAGUUGUUAUUUUACAAGAAUAAAGUCACAGUAUUAAAAGAAAAAAAUGUUUUACAGUCAUAAUAUAAUUCGAUAAAAGUUAAAAAGUUGUCAUUUUAGGCCAUAGUUAUUUUUAAUGCUACUUUUUUCCCCCAUCGAAACUUACCCCACUUAUUUGUCGUUUGUGUAUUGAUUUAAUGACUUGACAUUGAUCAGGUUGUCUCAAGGGGUGCUUUUGUUGUCGAGAAUUACGGGAUUUUGACCAAUCAGAUUAGAGUAUUGAGCACAGAAACAAAGUAUUUCAAGAUUUUUGUUUGGCUAAAUUACUGCAGUAAUCUAGUCUGUAUAUAGACUGUAUCUAGACUGUAUAUACUAUGGACAACUUGGUUCCGCCUUCUGCCAGUUCUGCCACUUCCUGAAACCAACAUUGCGCAGUAGCGUUGUGCGCAUUCAGCGGGAGAGUCGCAGAAAGUCACGGUGAUGACGCUCGGCUCAAAUAGCAUACCCCCAGGUGAGCUACGCAAUCCAUGUACGCCUAUAGGCUGUAUCAAGUGUCAAUCAUAGAAAACAUGAACCCCUAAUAACUUUUAAAAACGGAGCUGUACAGAAAAAAGAGGACUUGAGCACAAACCAGUCUGACAGUAACUACAUGUCAACAUCACAACCAGGGGGAAAAAAAAUGUUCUUUGUAAUAAAUUUCUAGAGUUUGUCCUCAGACCCAUAAACUUUGCUGGCGGAGGCGGGAUUUAUGACCUAUACUGCAGCGCGUCACUAGAGGGUGCUGUUCUUGGAGUGGCUUCACCCAGCGAGGAGACAGACGCUGUCUAUUCUAUAUACAGUCUAUGGGUUAGGUGCACAUUUAGACUUUUUUAUUUGUCACACACUUAAGUUGCAAUUCUGUAUUUUUAAAGCUCCAGUGUGGAAUGUUUAGGUUGUAUGAAUUUUGGCGCCCCCUGUGGACAAAGCAGUGUUUGCAUAUCUCGUCCUCUUGUCACAAACUUUUAUCCUCCUCUACCAAAGAAAGGCCCCUGCAGAAAAAAAUUGUGUCAGUUCACCGUUUGAUGCUGAGCAGGAGUGUCGGUCGGGUUUUACAUUUUCUCAAAGAGGAACCUGAAAAGGCGAACGCUGAACUUUCAUUCAAACAGGAAACAGUGAUGUGGAAUAAAAAGCCUCAGAACCAGCCGAGGAUAUUCCCCAGUGGGUUUGUCACAGAGCACGUUUCACUCAUGAACAAAUGCUGAACAAACUCCCCCUGUACUGGAGUCACCAGCAUAAAAUCAUCACCGCAGAGGAUCAGUGAUCUCAUGCGCGCAAAUCGCACAGACGUAGACAAAUAAAUGGAUCACUCAAGUGCACACAUGUGCAGCUUUUCAAACACUCCCAAAGCAAAUUCAAUCUCCCUGCAGAAAUGCAUAAUCAAUGGAAACAUUGAUAAAUACACACCUGACAUUCCAAUGCGCACACACAGACACGCAAUAGGCCGCCCGAUCAAUACACACACACUCUCACACACAGUGCUAAUCCAUCAGCAGCAUGGGAACGAGCAGAUCUCUCCAAACACUCAUCUAUCACUCUGAUUGGAAGUGAUCACUGUUCAAUAGCACCUGGCUUCCAUUCUCUCCCUCACUGUAGAUCACAAUCACAGGAAUGGAUUUUUGACAUUAGCAGCGCCUUUAGCUUCACUUCCUUCCUGCGGCUCAGCGUUUCGUUCUGUAGCUGUUCUUUGACAGAUUUUCAAUUUGUACAUUAUCGGGAAGAAAACGCUCCUCCCUUACCUUUCACCUACUUUCCUCUCCACAGAUCAUGAUGGGGGAGGGCUUGAUGUACUGUAUGCAAUCCAAACUGAAGUCAUGUCCCAAGUCGGAGAGCAGCAUCAACGCUGGAGGCUGCAGCUUCAACUCCUUCCUACGCAGAACCGUGCGCUUUGUGGGUACGUCCAACCACCGCUCCUUCAGGGGUUUCCUUUCUCAUAUAUUAAGAUCACAGUCUGAUCCGCGACGUUUUAAAGGUUAGUGCAGUAAUUCCCAAAGUGAAAGUAUGACUCCAAUGGAGGGGCAGAAGUGCAGUAUGACAGAUUAAAAAGCCUCGUAGAAAAUCAUGGCAGACAGUCCCUGAGAAGAGUGACACAUUAGUUUUUCUUUUGUUAUUUUGUUGGACUUCAUCCUGGGGGCUGUUGCACAAAAGUAGAAUUCAGAAAUCCUGGAUAAAUAAAAAAGAAAGGCUUGACCUAGUGUGAUGAGUUCAUCCAGGUUCAAUCUGUUGCAUGUUUGCCGAGUCAUGAAGAGGUGCGGCCGUGUCGAGCCAGGUGUAAGUAAUUCCGGCAAGCGUGAGCUCGGUUUGGCUUUCUUGAGGUUGGUCAAAGAUUCACGGACAUAAACACUAAAUGUUACUUAACAAAAUGUCAAGUAACAUGUAGUAAGACUGGUCAUAGCUGGAGUUGAAGCUCAUGUUAGAUGUGCAGUGCAAAGUAUGGACUGUGUGUUAAAAGGACUAAAAGAGGGGAGCCGUCAAAGAGGCCAGACGACAAGAAAAAAACAGUUUUACCAGCAUCUCAUCGGCACAUAGAUCAGAUUAAAAAUAGAAACUCAGAUGGCAGAUUUAAAGAUUAAAGUGAAGAAGAAAAAAAAACUGCAGGAUAUGAAAAUUGACCUUUGAGACACUGAGGCUAAAUCCAAUCAAAGUAACAGAAGGCCUCUUUAACUAAACGACACAUCUGUGAUAAUUAAACAGGCUGAUAUAAAUGAGGCAAAACAUGGACGAGCGUGAAGCAGGUUAACUGCACAGAAUAAACCUCUGUGGUAACUUAGGCAGCCCUCCUUUUGUGCAGCAGAGUCCAGUUCAGUUAGGAUUUUACUGGAACUGUAGGGCUUGACAGUGCGAUCAUUUCACUCACAUUUGCGACCAGAUAGAUGUGUGCGAAUUGUAAAAUGUAUUUAGGGGCACAUGUGUGAAUAAAAAAAAAAUAAGCAGAGGCAACAGAUGUUUUGUCAUGUAAAUACCGCAGCGAAGUUAGUUUUAGGUUGAAUAUCUGACAGACGUUCACUGUGGAUCCACCGAUGUCUCUAGUUACAGUCAGACUGGUUUGUGCUCAAGUCCUCUUUUUUCUAUGAAGCUCUGUUUUUAAAAGUUAUUAGGGGGUUCAUGUUUUCUAUGAUUGACACCUGAUACAGCCUAUUGGCGUUCAGAGAUUGUGUAGCUCUCCCGGGGGAUACGCUGUUUGAGCCGAGUGUCAUCACAGCGACUCUCGCACCGAAUGCGCACAACACUACUGCGCAGUGCUAGUUUUAGGAAAUGAAGAAAAAUCCCAGAAAUACGGAGAGCUUUUCGGCUUCAAAUCCGUAUACAGAUGGGAGGCGUAUAGUAUAUACAGUCUAGGGGUUAAAUCUACUCGGCAUCCUCGCUGUCAACGUCGGUGUUGAAUAAGGGACCAUCAAUAAAUUACCUGUUGAUGUUCUCAAAAAAGGCUGUUUUCCUUCAACAGCUUCCAUGUCAUGUGACCAAAAGACCAAAAAUUGAUUUCAAAUAAUAGUACUUAUGUCGACCAGUAAGACGAACAUUAUUUGAUCAAUUUUCCGUGUGCCCCUAAAGUUCUUUUUGUGCUCCUUGUGAAAAAAGUUAAGCCCUGAAGUGGAUCUGUUCUGUCUCUGUGCUCAUGUGCUCAGUGUUUUUUCUUUAUCUUCUAGUCUUUUCUAAAGUCUGAAGUUAUUAUACUUAUAUGUAAGACUUCGAUUGAUCUUGCACAACCAUAUCAAUCAUUUCUUUCAUUUAAUAUCCUUGGCUUGAAUGUCUCGUCUGUGUCUAAUGAAAGUACAGACGGGUGGCUUCUAUUCCAGUUUCCCUGUGCUGUAAAAUACUUGAUAUAUAAGAGUCACAAACUCAGUGUUUAGAGGGAUAACAUCAGAGGAGUAUUUUCCAACUGCCUUUAGGUCGAAGUUUUAGAGUAGAAAAUGAACCAGUUUUUCUCAUAUAUGCUCAUUCUGUUGCUAACAAAGAGGCUUAAAAAAGAAUCUUCAUCACAGGAUCCUGAAUAAACACCUCAGUGAAGCGAUGCUCAUCAUAGAGGAAGGGAUUGUUUGCUGCAUACGUGUGAAAACAUUUUCAAAACAGUGUUUACCUUCAGAUGUGUUCGUUCUCACAAGUGUGUUUAACUGUUACCACACAUUUGCUAUUUUUGACUGAGUUGAGCAUUAAAUGUGUUAAACGCCAGCUCACCUUUGAGAAUUUCACAACACAUGCUGUCAAAUAUGAGGAGUAGAAGUUUGGGAGUGUUAAAAUGGAGAUUGGGUUACAAACAGGCUAACUAUGUGGAGAGAUGUCUGCUGUCAGGAGUGAGGAACCAAUUUCUGUUGUUUUCAAGAUGGAAAUCAGUUUUGGCGGGGAGUAAUUCGGCUCACCGGCUGAGCCCUCAAACGUGAUUCCAUUUCAGGGUGUCAGGAUAAGCUAAUUACAUGCUUUAAAUGAAGGGUGACUUAAAAUGAAGCAGACUUGAUAUAAUGCUCCACGGGAAAUAUCUGGAGGCUGACAUUGAGCUUUGAAGUGAAAAGAGUAAAUCACCUCGCCAAAUGUGACUGUCUGAGGAAGAAAAAGCUUCAUAAGCGAACAGACUGAAGGAUGCUGGUGUCACUUUAGGAUGUUGGAGGAAAAAUUUAGCGUUGUUGUUGUUUUUUUUCUUUACCACUGCAGGUGUUCGCAAAUGAACAGCUGAAUGUGAGGGGAAACCUCCAGGGGCUGUUAGUUCAUUUACUGAGGCUGCCUCUAAAUCUGUCUCCAACCUCUCUCCCUCUCCCUCAGGUGUUCAUGUGUUCGGUCUCCUGGCAACAGCCUUGGUGACAGAUGUCAUCCAGUUAGCGACUGGUUACCACGCCCCUUUCUUCCUCACCGUCUGCCAGCCCAAUUAUACGGCACCGGGGGUGUCAUGUGACAAUAAUGCCUACAUCACACGGGACAUCUGCAUGGGGAAAGACCAGUACGCCAUCAUGUCGGCGAGGUAGGACACUGUCUGCAUGAGCUGAUUCUCAUGCUUUGACAUUUAGCUUUGUAGCUCUACUGCUCAAGUACCAUUAAAGGCAAAUGCAGCAAUAUUAGACACUUAUACUGGCUAGAUAAUGCAGAAAACCAUUAGCAAACAUACAUAAUUGGAUAUUUUCCCGAGGUUCAUACAAAGGCUUCAGAGCGCCUCAUUAAGCUCCAGUGAUAGGAUGACUUUCAGAAGUUGCUCAGUAUAUCCAAACUUUCAGAAUAAACUCUAAAGCAGGAGUCGACAAACUCAUUAACAUCUGAACUGGAUUAAAGGAGAUUAAAACGUCUAAAGAGUUGUUUUGUUACAGUUGGAGUUUUCUAAAUGAUGUAAUAUCUGCUCGUUCGGUUCAAUUGUCCUUAAAAAGUGACAGUAACAUGCAGGUGCUGCGGCUCGCUUUAGUUUUGCUCUCUUUAGCAUACACACACACACACACACACACACACACACACACACACACCGGUCAAGCUAUAGCAGAUGGGUAUUAGACAUCUUGGGCAUAAUGAGCGCAUGCAGACAUAAGAGAUUACAGCGAAAUAAAGCUGAUAUGGGGAUAAUCCUGGAGGUACAAAGGUGCAAGAAAUUAACUGUUUUUACUCAAAAUGCAAAACAAAAACUAUUACAACACGAUGCAUAGCCAAGACACGCAGCAAUAACUUGACCCUAUUUGUAAAAAAGUCCAAAUGUUUCUACUUUGAGACUUGUGAGGACUGUUAUAGACGUAGUGCGUCUCCUUAUUCUAACCUUAAGAGAGGAUUAGUCACAGUCUGAGAGGUAUGUAAGAUUAAUACGUGUGAAAUCUUGACCGAGUCUUGGCAAAGAGACCAGAAUCGGCUUCAGAUAACGUGUCUGAGGAGGAUCCAAAGUGACUCAUCUUCUCGCUGUGUUAACAGAAUUCAGUCAGGACCAGUUUGGCUGAGGUAUUAAUAAAUUUAAGAUGAUUUAAGGGUAAGAAAACACUUAAAAAAGUUACAAUUAAGUUCUGUUUAACUACAGGUCAUGUGGUUAGGUUUCUCUGUCUAGUACUUGGCGGCUUGGACACCAUUGACAUAAAAAAAUGACAAAAAUAACAAAAAUAAAGUUAAUUUUUUAAACUAAUCUCUAAUUCCGGUGCCAGCUGAGUUUCUUGCUGUAAUUAGCUCACUGUUAAGAUUGAAUCAGACCUCAAACAGAUCUUUCCAAAGACGGACAAACCCGAGCUCACACGUCUUUAAAGAGAGAGUGUAAACAGUCAUUAACACAGCUAAAUAAGAUUCAGUUAAAUAAGAUUCAGUUUUAUCUAGAUCUUCAUUAGCGGCCUUGACAAUAACUCAUUUGCACUCCUCUAAUGUUUGUGCCAAAGCCCCACAGUAUUCUGUUUGUGUUUAUUAAUGCUCACAUCCAAUGAUGAGUACCCAGUGUGACAAACGCAGCCGAGCAGGCGCUCAGGUUUAACGUCAAAUAAAAUCAAGAGCUGAGAACUCACCCGAGCCGCCGUGACAAACACAUUCAGGUUUAUUCAAAGGGCCGGUAAACACAGACUGCGCACAACCUUUUCUGUGAAAACAUUUAUCUUUCUCUCCCUGCUUUCACUCUGUGACACCUAACUCUUCGCCUUUCUCCCCCCCAGGAAAACAUUUCCAUCCCAGCAUGCAACGCUCUCCGGCUUCGCUGCUGUCUAUAUCUCCGUAAGCACUUCUUUCUUUGUGAUCCUUAGAGGUGGUGUUUCUAGCACUGUCUGCUUGCCUGCGUGUAUCUCUGAAUGUUAAUGUGAUUUAUGGCUUGAAGUGUUUGAAAUGUCUUUUUUUAUCCUUGAAUUUUUUUUGUUCUCUUAUAAACUUUUGUAAGUUUGUGCAGAAGACGACAAGUUUGAUUCAUCUGUUAAGUUGUUUUUGUUCACCAUCUGCAGUUUCUAUUUUAAUACUUUAAGAUACUUUGCUGCUGGCAACGGGAGAUUGAUUCCUGCAUAGGAGAGAAGUUUGAGCUGGAGUCAAAUCGCUGUCAUUGUGUACAAAAGUCAUGAUUGCAUUCGAGUGUUUACUCACCGGGAGAAGUCCAGAUUUUAGACUUCAGCACCCUCAGGCGAGCCCACUAAGCCGAUGAAUCUGUAAAGUUGUGUUUUAUUUGUUCUGGCAGAAGAGUCUGGUCGCCCUCACAUUCAGACAGAUAUCUGUGCGACCUAAUUCAGGUCAGGCCAAUCACAGCCGUUCAUCUGAUGUGACGUGGAUUUUAGACUUGGGGCUCUUUGGAAAUCAAGAUGGCCGCCGCUACAUGGCGAGGGUCUUUAAUCCUGAUUGAUUUAGCUUUUAAAAAACUUAAAACAUUUGUUUAUGUAAUGUAUUAAUGGUGUCUGUUGGCAACCAAAUCAUGCCAAAUAUUGGUAUGAAAAACUGAACUAGAAGCUACUAGAAUUAAUGUUUCAUGUCCUGGAAAGCUAGCUACCUUAGCUGCAAACUGCAACUGAACACUUACAGUUGUUACUAAAAUCGUUGAAAUUCAUCUGCUAUUUCUUGCCAAUGUUCCUCUUUUUCCGUCUGUCAGGGUCAUCCCUCAACAACAUAUCACAUAUCCUCUGUUUUAAAGAUCAGGCAGAUGCGCCAGCUCUAUCAUUCCUCUUUCGUUUAUUGUUUACAGCCAUUCGUCUGAUGUGAUGCGAACUUUAGACUUGGGGCUCUUUGGAAUCUAAAAUGGCUGCAACUAACUGGGGAGGGUCUUUAAUCCUGAUUGAUUUAGCACUUAAAAAACUCAAAUAUUUGUUCAUGUAAUGUACUAGUGGUGUCUGUUGGCAACCAAAUCAUGCCAAAUAUUGAUAUGAAAGACUGAACUAGAAGCUACUAGAAUUAAUGUUUCACGUCCUGUAAAGCUAGCUACCUUUGCUGCAAACCGCAAUGAAACACUUGAUAAAAUCGUUGAAAUUCAUCUGCUAUUUCUCACCAAUGUUCCUCUUUUUCCGUCUGUCAGGGUCAUCCCUCAACAACAUAUCUCAUAUCCUCUGUUUUAAAGAUCAGGGCAGACGCGCCAGCUCUAUCAUUCCUCUUUCGUUUGUUGUUUACAGCCAUUCGUCUGAUGUGAUGUGAAUUUUAGACUUGGGGCUCUUUGGAAUUUAAGAUGGCUGCAGCUAACUGGGGAGGGUCUUUAACCCUGAUUGAUUAAGCUUUUAAAAAACUUAAAACAUAUGUUCAUGUAAUGUAACUGGUUUGUGCUCAAGUCCUCUUUUUUUCUGUACAGCUCCAUUUUUAAAAGUUAUUAGGGGGUUUAAGUUUUCUAUGAUUGACACUUGAUACAGCCUAUUGGCGCUCAGGGAUACGCUGUUUGAGCCGAGCGUCAUCACAGCGACUCUCUUGCCAAAUGCGCACAAUGCUACUGCGCAAGUGGUGGAGUGCGUACAACGCUACUGUGCAAUGUUGCUUUCAGGAAAUGGAGAAAAAACGCAGAAUUACAGAGAGCUUUUUUGGCUUCAAAUCCAUAUACUGGAGGAAGGCAGAACCAAGUUGUCCAUAGUUUAUACAGUCUGUGGUCUCAGCUCCAUACAGCUGUUGUGUUGAGCUGAAUGAAGUUGUGUAGUCUGACCUCAACAAUGGACAUCAUCCAAGUGUAAACAGCAAUAAAAAAAAGAAUCUAUCUUUACGUAAACUGACUUAACUUGAAGGACAGGACUUCUAAUGAACUUAUCUCCAUAAUUAAAAGAGACAAAAAAAGGGAUUACCCAAAAACUCAAUAGUGUCACAAAAACCCCCUUGAUUGGAAAUCCCAAGGAAACCAAACCAGUCAAAUUUACAAAAGGUUUGUAGGCUGAAGACAGAGGACCGCUGCUGUCAGUUUGGACGCCAACCAUUGUCUGCGAGGCGCUCUUUUUCAAACAGAGGAUUUCUGGGAACUGGCCAAUCCAAUGGACCCCCUCCAGACUGAAUGGGUCCAUCUCUUUAGCCAGCCGUUCAUUCACACUCAGACACAGAUCCACAACACUGACAGAACACUGACUCUGACAACCUGAACAGUAUGAAGAUUUACUAAAUGAAGGUUACAACCAGGGCCAUGAGGUUAAAGCAAACAGGAAGAAAGAGGACAUUUUUAAGGCCUCAAACUGAUCCUAGUUUCUGUCAAAUUUUGCACUGGAGGAAUUCUCAUGGUUACAUAUUGUAGCGCUCAUAUUUAUGUCCGAAAGCAUACUGUUGAGCUUUGUCCAGUGCUGACUGCAGCAGUUCAGGAGCUGUUUGGCGAAGUAGCACUGUCAUAUUUCCUAGAGGUAACGACCUCACAAUUACACACACACACACACACACACACACACACACACACACACACACACACACACACACACACACACACACACACACACACACACACACACACACACACACUUUCUUUCCCGGAUGGCUACUGCAAGCCACUGGCCGCAUCACUGCAGCCUCACUGAGCCCAGAGCGUGCUCAUUAAAGCUCACCAGGCAGAUUUCUGAUGAGAGCGAAAAAGGCGAGAGGGGAGGAAGAGAGCAACCGCUUUGGCAGCUGGAGAUACAGCCUGUUGUCUGAUCCCUGUGAAGUUAAGAAGCAGAUCAAAAACACUAAAAUCAGAUCAUUUCUCUGCAGUUUUUCUUUUUAAUGACCUCCACGUUAGCUCUGCAGUCAGUCUGUGUGGGAAAUUACAAUGAUGGGAACUACCUUUAUUAUUUUUCUGCUGUCUUUUUCAAAAGGAAUUCAAGGAAACUCAACAUAUCACUCCUCAAUAUAUCAAAUAUAUAAAAACUGAGUGAAUAUAUAUGUUUAAUGUCACCCUGCUGACAGAUCCCACUCGGCUCUCUUACUGCAAAAAAAAAGAGGUCUUUUUCAUUCUCAAUGCUCGACGGACAGGCUCGUUAAAAUGGAUAUUUUUGCAAAGCCGGCUUUUCUGUCACUCAGCUGCUGUACAUUUUAUGUAAACCAAAUAUAGCGCACAUGCGGGGAAUUUAGAUGUAGCUGUUAGUAUAUUCACCCUGUCUGCCUGUGACCUUCCCGCUGCCCUCGCUCUCAGUGAGCUGCCACAGAAACUUGAUUUUAAUGAUCUUGUUAACCUUGUAGACAGCCUGCAAAAACAGCUGGAACGUCAAUCAGUCGAGGCAGUUUUUGUCCAGAUUAACAUGAUUCACAGACAGUACGAGACUUCAUCUGAUUCUCGACUUGCAUGUUUCUCCUCUCACCGAUGCAGAUGUAUUUCAACGCCAGCAUCAGCAGCACGACCAAACUCCUGAAACCGCUGCUGGUGUUUGCUUUCUGCAUGGCGGCGGGCCUCGCCGGGCUGACGCAGAUCACUCAGCAUCGCAGUCACCCGAUAGAUGUCUACGUGGGAUACCUGAUAGGAGCAGGCAUUGGAGUCUACUUGGUAAGUUGGGCGGCAUGAGCCCAGGAGGUAGAGCAGUUGUUCCCCCCCUAUCUGUAGUCUGUCUGUUGUGUCCUUGAGCAAGACACUUAACCCACCUUGCUCCCAGUGUGUGUCCUCCACUGGUGUGUGAUUGUGAGUGUUGUGUGGUGGUGGUCGGAGAGGCCGUAGGCGCAAACUGGCAGCAACGUUUCCGUCAGUCUGGCCCAGAACAGCUGUGAAUACUGAGGUAGUUUACCACCACCAAGGUGUGGUAAACACCUCGAGGGUCUCUGAUAAAGGGCUGUAUGAAAUUUGAUGCAUUAUUACUAUUAUUGUGACAUUUAACAAGGUGUAUAAGUGUGUGACAGGCCCAGCUUUUAAAAUCAUCAAGAAAAUUUAUGAAAGAACUUGUUUUGCUUGGCAGGUUACGUGAUAAUUACUUUUUUAUGACUAUAUAACUGAGAAAGGUUAGAAAAACUACACGGUCUUGAAUGGACUUGCUGUCACAGGGUUUUAUUUAGGGGGAUGAAUGCCAGUGUCUGAAUUUACAUGUGCUCAGCCAUUUUUGGUCAAAAGUGAAUAGAAAACAGUCAGCAUGCAGCGAAAUGGAAAGACAUAUAAACAGAUUUAUUUUAAAUGAAGUAUUUAGUCGUUGCUAUGACUAUAUUGUCUCAUUGUGUUGUCACCGUUUUACAGCGUGUGCGAACAAAUCUCCCACACACACACACACACACACACACACACACACACACACACACACACACACACACACACACACACACACACACACACUUUGCAUGGCUUCUAUAAUUUGCUCUCCCAGCAGUGUGUUUUUUUUGUCCAGCUCUAUAUAUAGACAUUUUCUAUUACGAAGAGAAGAGAGAGGGAGAGAAUGAAUAAUCCGAUAAGAAUUCUCUGGAACAAUUUCACACUUCAUUUUAAGAAAACUUGUCAUUGCGAUUUUCUACGCCUCCCCCCCGUCCUUUUUAGUCCCCCUCUUUCUCUCUCGUCUUUUAGUUUUUUAAAGUAGGGGAGCGCUUCCUCUUCUCAUUAAAGGAGGGAUUCUAAGAAAGGGGAGUAGAGGGAUUCAUGCUGACCUCAUAGCAAACAGGAACAGGAAGGGAAGAUGCCUAUUCAUGCACUUCUUCUUCUUCUUUGAAAGAAGAAAAGAUAAAAGGAAAUAGAUUUUCAGGCUGUGGUCUUUGUUUAACAUGCAGGAUACUUCAGCAUCCUCCCCUCUUUCCUCCCCUCUUUCCUCCCCUCUUUCCUCCCCUCUUUCCUCCCCUCUGUCUCCCUCUGUCUCCCUCUGUCUCCCUCUUUCCUCCCCUCUGUCUCCCUCUGUCUCCCCUCUGUCUCCCUCUGUCUCCCUCUGUCUCCCUCUGUCAGGCUGUGUUCGCCGUGGGAAACUUCAAAGCAUCAGAGGAAGACGCUCAUACUUUACAGAGACUGACACCAGCUCAGCAGAAGGACAGCCUGAGGGUGCUGAGUCAGCGCAGCCAUGACUCCCUCUACAGGAAGACCCCCAGGGUGUCGGAGAGCAGGGAGGAGCUGGGGGCGGGGCUUGGCUCUGGAGCUCGCAGUAAGGUGAGGAGGGAGAAGGCGUCCCUGGCCUCUCUCAAACGAGCGAGCGCCGACGUUGAGCUCCUCGCAACUCGCGGCCCCAUGGGGAAGGAAACCAUGGUGACCUUCAGCAACACAUUACCAAGAGUUGCAAAUGGAAACAGCCCUAUAUCCCCCUCAGACGAGCCAGCCACCACGCAGCGUCACAUGACCUUCCACGUGCCAUUCGACCCCCAGAGGUCACGGCAGCUUGUGUCAGAAUGGAAGCAGCGCUCGCUGGAGAUCCGCAGCCAGAGCUCACGAGACGAGGAGGAGGGAGACGCGGGAGAUGAAGGAGGAGCAGCAGGAGGAGACGGAGGAGAGCAGGAUAUGCCUUCCUCUCUGUAUCCCACAGUGCAAGCCAACAAGGGCACCGCCACGCCAACCUCCGCCAGGAUGGUGGUGGCACCCCCGCUCGUUCACAUCCCCGAGGAGGCCACUCGACCGCCGCCUGUUUCCCCGAAGAGUGCCAAGACACGUGCCAAAUGGCUGUCACUCACAGAGGAGGGACGGGUGGAAGGAAGGGUGAAGGAGCCCGGACAAGGGCCUAUCGCUGUGUCGACUCCUCGAGUGCCAAACACGCAGCCCAACCAGCCGCCCAGCCAGCAGAGAGUCACUCAGGUGAGGAGGAAAUUACUCAAUAAUAACCUCCAAGUCAUAAUAACUAUAAUCAUGUGAGCAGCUAUUUGUCAGACAUGCAGCCAGUUCUGAAAAACACACUUUAGACAGGAAAGAGAUUUAUCAGCUGCCAAACGCUGCGAGUGCUACACACACACACACACACACACACACACACACACACACACACACACACACACACACACACACACGCUUAUGAUUUAUUUUGUGGGUACAAUCAAAGGAGAACAACAUGUGAGUGUGGGCAAUUUCACUGAUUGGUUUCAGUUUUUAAAAAUACUCCUACAAGGAUCCAAACACUUGUUAUAGAGAGAGAUAAAUCCUGUUGAGUGCCUGUGAUAGGUAUCGAGUUUGUAACAAGCUCACUUUACAGUGUUUACCAUAACGAAUGUCUCUAAAUCCUCCAUGUUCUGCUGCACUAAACAACUUUACAUCGCAGCUCCUUUACUGGACCUUGGAAUAUGUAGAGCAGUCUCAGUACAAGGUCUUUUCGAUGCCUAAUGGAGUAUUUAUCAGAUCACAUGCCCAUCUUCUGUAAAACUUUCCCAGCUGUUGUGAACCUUUGAAAUAUUAGGGCCUGUGUCCACUUAAAGCAUCAUUGCACUGGCAGCACCUUCAGUCAUAACAAGGCCAAUGCAAUUACACACUUCCACAGCUCAGGGUCCUUGUGGGGAUGUAUCCACUCAGGCUUUUUUUGCACAGGCAGAGUCCAUGACCUCAAUUUCAGAUGACUUCUCACCAGCGUUCGCUCACUCCCACUUCAUUUGGUUGUGAACGUUUGCGGCAUGUUUCAUAUUCGCCCUCACUGAACUGUAUUGGACAAAAAAAAAAAUCUGGAAACAAUCGAUAAAGAUUUUAAGUAGCAGCUUCAGAUGGAGAUUCUACCUUAAAAAAAAACAAGAGUGAUUGCUUUACCUCCUGAAUGUACCUCUGUCGGGGUUGUAUUUCCAGGUCAAGAGCUGCUGCUGAUGCUAAGACAUGAUUUCAGUUGUUUUUAGUAUGCAGACCAUUUUACAACAGAUACUCCUGAGGAAGACCGAAUGGUUGAGGGACAACUUUCAUAACCUAGCAGCUGUAGGCACUGGUCAAGAACACUCUAAAAUUGAGGGCGUUUGGUGCUGCCGCCACAGAAAACACUGGUAGUGGAAACAGGCCCUAAAUUUUCAUCAGAACAAACAUUUACCAGAACUAACUUUGUUGGAGUUUGCUGAUCCAGAGCAGCGUUUGCAACACCUUUGCAAAGUUUGACAAGACUUUCUUCUGCUUUCCUCCGCUCCUCAGGUGAUAGCCAUAUCUAAGCAGCAGGGUCAUGGACCCCUCGCUCCAUCCACUAAGACCUCAGAAGGCGGAUCCUCCUCCGGCGGUGGGUCCAACUGCUCCGAGUCACCCUACUACAGAAUCCCAUCAGACCGAGACAGCUGCACUGGAAGCAACCCGGGAAGCAUGGCGGGAAGCGGGAGCAUCGUCACCAUCGACGCUCACGCCCCUCACCAUCCGGUGGUGCGCGUGUCUGCCAGUAACGGCAAGCCGUGGGAGUGGAGGAACACGAUCAGUGGAAACAUGAUGGCUGCAGACACAGCGGGGGAGAAACACCGUGCGGCGCUGCAGCGACAGGAGAACACGAGUCACUACCGCGACUACAGGACGCUUCCUGUGAAAACAGACUCCAUCUGCUCCUCCUCUCUCAGCGGGAGCAACGAAGGAGGUGCAGAGCCACCUCCCCCUCCUCCCCCUACCUCCUCCUCCCCUCUGCCUCCCCCUCCUCAGCUGUCAUCAUCCCCUCUCCCGCCACCUCCUCCUCACUCGUCUUCUUCCCCCUUGCCACCUCCUCCACACUCCACCUCACACCCCACUCCGAUACCCCCUCCUCUCCCUCACCCCGCCUCCUCUCACAUGCAUCCCCCUCUUCACUUGUCUUCCCAGAUGCCCCCUCCACCUCUUCCACCUCCUCACCCCUCUUCCUCUCAAAUGCCUCCACACCCUCACCACUCCUCCUCCCAGAUGCCCCCACCUCCACUUCCACAUCAGUCCGCUCAAAUGCCCCCACCUCCACUUCCACAUCCACAUCACUCCUCCUCCCAGAUGCCCCCACCUCCACUUCCACAUCCACAUCACUCCUCCUCUCAAAUGCCUCUACCUCCUCACCCUUCCUCCUCCCAAAUGCCCCCACCUCCGUCAACUUCCCCUUUGCCACCUCCACCUCACCACUCCUCCUCCAUGCAGCCUCUUCCUCACCCGUCCUGCUCCAGCAUGCUCCCCCCUCCUCCUCACCCUGAUUUACUGAUGGACGCCCACAGCCAGGCGUUGUCCCGCACCUCCACGCUGCCUCGUCGGCCCUCCGUCUCCGCUCGCAGCCACGCCGAGCAGGAGCACUACUACAAGGCCAUGCAGAAUGAACGGAUGUUAUAG